AUGAUACAUCAGGGAAAAAGUGAAACACCAGGGAAUAUUGAAACACAAGGGAACAGCAAAACAACAAGGAACAGUGAAACACCAGAGAAUAAUGAAACACUACGGAUCAGUGCAACACAGGGGAAUAAUGAAAUGGCGGGGAACAAUGAAACACCGGACAAUAAUGAAACACCAGGGAUAAACAAAGACCAGGGAAUGCCGAAACAACAGGGAAUAAUGAAACAUCAGGCAACAGUGAAACACCAGGGGACAGCUAAGGACCAAGGAGCAAUGAAACAUCAGGGAAAAGGAAAACACCAGGGGAACAGCAAAACCCCAGGGAACAGUGAAUCACUGGGGAACAGUCAAACACAAGUGAAUAAUGAAACACCAGGGAACAGAGAAACAACAGGGAACAAUAAUUCCCCAGGGAAUAAUGAAACACCUGGGAACAGUGAAACUCCAGCGAAAAAUGAAGUACCGGGAAACACGGAUUCACUGGGAAACAAGAAAACACCAGUGAACAGUGAAUCACCAGGGAAGAGUGAAAUACCAGGGAAAAAUGAAAAACCAGGGAACACUGAAACACCAGGAAAUAAUGAAAUGCCAGAUGACAGUGAAACACCGGGGAAUACUGAAACAAUAGGAAACAGUGAAACAGCAAGGAAUAACAAAACACAAGGAAAGAGUGCAACACCAGGAAAUAAUGAAACGCUAGAGUACAGUGAAACACCAGGGAAUAAUGUAACACCAGGGAAUAAUUUAACACCGGAGAACAGUGAAACACCAAGGAGCAGUGAACCAUCAGGGAAUAAUUAA